AUGUACACCUCACUGAAAGGCGAGAGCGAGCAUGGCUCAUCGUCAUUUGAGGCCCAAGAGCAAUUGCUGUCGAAAGGGUUCGUACAGUACAACAGCUCUACUAGAAAUCAUAAUCGAAUCCUCCUCCACAUAUUUGUCGCUUUUAUGAGCACCAUAUCUGCUUUUGCCUUGGGUGUUUUUCUUGGGAGUCAAAAGUCCGCCUGGUUUCAGAGGGAAUGUAUUACACAAGUUCAGAAGUACUCUCCAAUCCUCAAGAAAGUUGACACGUCGCUGCAUACGGUUCGGUUUAACGGCUCGCUCCUGAAGGAGAACGUUUUUCGACAAAGUGCCGGACCUGAAGUUGAUGCCGCAUGGGGGUCGAUUGGUGUUAAUUAUAGGAGUUUGGCUGUUCCCGCCAGCGAAGCCACCGAAUCCGGCCUGUUACUAGACCAAGUGAAGAUUUCCUCUAGAUAUGGCGGUGGCUUCCCCGCCAAUGUCGAAGGACUGCAUCAUCUCCACUGCCUUGAUCUACUUCGGCAAGCGCUCUAUUUCAACUAUGAUUAUUACCAUGCUCGAGGUAAUGGUGCAUUCAAGAAUAAAGACAACAUCGUUCGCUUUCAUGUAACCCAUUGCCUCGACAUCAUCCGCCAGCAGUUGAUGUGCAUGCCCGAUACUGGACUUCUCGGCCAAGUCUGGUGGGACUUGCAUGCACCAAAAGCGUUUGUGGACUUCAACACUGAGCAUAAAUGCAAAAACUUCGAAGCAAUUAGACAGUGGGCUGAGGAGCGACAGAUCCCGAAGCAAGUGCCAAAUGACUUCUUACAACCACCCCAGGAAGGUGAUAGGAUAUAUGAAGAGAUUCCAUGA